AUGUAUUUCCGAUGUUUUACGCUUCGCGUUCGUCCGGAACCACCUAUCCCUGCCGGUGCCACGAACGGGAUUCGGUUGUUACUCUAUCGUGGAAACAACAGCAGCCCACCAGAGUUGUUGGUACGUGAGGAAGACCCGGAACUUUUACAAUCAAUCUACGAGCCUUAUGAUAAGGCAGUAAACAGAGAAGAGGCGCUGAAGGGUCAAUUUGCUCAGGAUGGUUUCUACAUGGUGCUACAUGAACCAGGAACAUUUCCUAACUUCCCCCCUCAGACAUUGCCAAACGGAAUAUCAUUAAACUUCGGAGAGACAAUGCGCAUUGCGCUUGAGAUGACCGAUCACACAGCAGUACAUUUUAAGCAACGACCAUGCAUUAAUGAUGAAACUGAGCUAACUAUAAAGCUUGUUAAGUUUGAUUCUGGAGCAGAAAGCAAUGCAGCUAUUUCUGGUAAGGGUAUUAAGCCUUAG